AUGCAGUCGCCCCGAGAUGAAGCAAAUGAGCAUCCCGACAGAGCAGACGGGCGAGCUGACGAAUACAGCAGCAGUGGCCGCAGAAGGUUUCGUUUAAAGACCAAAUCUUCAUCUAAGCAUAAGCAUAGUGAUGAGGCGCUGCCCAAGCGCCACAGUGAGCGAGAAAGCCGCCGCAGUCACCGCCAUCAUAAGCGCCGCAAGCGCUCUCACAUAGAACAAGAGACAACAAGCCCUCCACUUUCGCCAAAUACCGCAUUCAGAGAAUCUCUUUUUGAUGCUAUGGCAGAUGAUGAAGGAGCGGCAUACUGGGAAGGGGUUUACGGGCAACCGAUUCAUACUUAUCCUCGACCAGACAUUAAAGAUCAACGUGGAGAGCUGGAGCGAAUGACUGAUGAAGAAUACGCUGCAUUUGUUCGGGCAAAAAUGUGGCAGAAGACCCACGAGGCUGUAUUUGAAGAGCGAGAACGGCGCCGUCGAGUUCGUCAGGAAGAGAAGGCGAAGCAGCAACAGACUACAAAGGAGAGUGACCGGGAAGCAUUCGAGAGAAUGAUCGAUGAAAGCCUACGUCGUGGAAAGGAGAGAAAAGAAAAUAAAAAUCAACUCAAUAUGUGGACAGAAAUUUGGGGCCGAUAUCUGCGUAGCUGGGUAAAGCUAGAUGCCCGUGCUCAAGACACUGCAGCUGCUUCUAGCGUCCAGAAGACACCACCUGAUCCACCCGCCUCGCUGCUUCGUAACUCCAUCGUAUGGCCUGUUCGUUCUGGACAACGAAAAGAUAUUACACCACACGCCGUCGAAGAGUUUAUUCGGAAUGUACCAUUUAAACCGCAGGUGACAGGCAAGACGCGAGUUUCUGAACAAGAAACAGUCUCAUAUUACCCCGAUGUUCUUACAGCUUUAAAAACAGAGCGUGUUAGGUGGCAUCCAGACAAGGUAAAACAUAGAUAUGGAAUUUUAGGUAUGGAAGAACAGCUUUCGAGAAGCGCAACGGAAGUCUUCCAGAUCCUAGAUAAAAUAUGGGUAGAAGAGCGCGCUAAAACGGCAGGCGCCUAG